CCAUCGCAGUUGCAAUGCAAUGCCUGUCUGAACGCUUGGUUUCCCGUGAGCGAGGAGAUGCGUACAAAGACGUGUGCCUGUAGGUCAACUUAACGAGGCUUUUGGAGUAACUUGUGGAAUUUUAGACUUGCACGCAUAACGAUGCCUUAUCUGACUAAAUCGCUAUUUUUAUUCGUCUGUCUGGUGGUUACCGGGGAAUGCCGUAAUCACGGACACCGAGUACGGAGAUGGACGGGUACCGUGGAGACGGCAAAGCAUGGCACAGAGACAGCAAAUCAUGGCACCUCCUUGACAAAGAAGCCUCCGGAUGUGACCAAAAAUCGCAAGCUGAAGACAGAGCAGCUUCUGAAAGUAGAUGAUCAUGAUUUCACCAUGAGGCCAGCAUUCGGAGGCCCGGCUAUUCCUGUUGGAGUGGACGUACAAGUGGAAAGCUUGGACAGCAUCUCAGAAGUAGACAUGGACUUCACCAUGACUCUGUACCUGAGACACUAUUGGAAGGAUGAGCGUCUGACCUUCACCAGCUCCACCAAUAAGAGCAUGACAUUUGACGGGCGUCUGGUGAAGAAGAUCUGGGUGCCAGAUGUGUUCUUUGUCCACUCUAAGAGAUCCUUCAUCCAUGACACCACCACAGACAACAUCAUGCUCAGGGUCUUUCCCGACGGACACGUCCUCUACAGCCUGAGGGUGACAGUGACCGCAGCCUGUAACAUGGACUUCAGCCGCUUUCCUCUGGACACCCAGACCUGCUCACUGGAGCUAGAGAGCUAUGCCUAUACGGAUGAGGAUCUGAUGCUGUACUGGAAGAGUGGGGAUGAGUCCUUGAGUACGGACGACCGUAUCUCCCUUUCUCAGUUCCUCAUCCAGAAGUUCCACACCACCUCUCACCUGGCGUUCUACAGCAGCACAGGCUGGUACAAUCGUCUGUACAUCAACUUUACCCUGCGGAGACACAUCUUCUUCUUCCUGCUUCAGACCUACUUCCCUGCCACCCUCAUGGUCAUGCUGUCCUGGGUGUCCUUCUGGAUCGACCGCAGGGCCGUCCCAGCCCGCGUCUCGCUGGGUAUCACCACAGUGCUCACCAUGUCCACCAUCAUUACUGGAGUGAACGCCUCCAUGCCCAGAGUGUCCUACAUCAAGGCUGUGGACAUCUACCUGUGGGUCAGCUUUGUGUUUGUCUUCCUAUCCGUGCUGGAGUACGCUGCUGUCAACUACCUGUCCACCAUGCAGGACCGCAGGGAACGUAAGAUGAGAGACGAGAUAAGAGAAAGGGCCAGGUCACAGUCGCUGCCCUGCACCUGUGGCAUGUCCCAGACCAGGACCAUGAUACUAGACGGGAACUACAGCGAGGCUGACACCAACAGCCUGGCCGGCUACACCUCGGGAACUAUGGUGUCCGAGGAGGAUGCGGAGAUGCCACAUGAGGUGAUGAACGAGAAGCAGACUCCUGGGGAGCACAUGGUGGUCCACCUGUCUGUCAGUAGCGAGUCCACAACCACCAAGAAGAAAGGUAUCCGUGCCCUCAAAAUUAUCCAGAAUACACAUGCCAUCGACAAGUACUCCAGGAUGUUAUUCCCUGGCUCCUAUAUCCUAUUCAACUUCAUCUACUGGUGUUCAUACUGUAUAGGAGCGUAG